CAAAAAAAUUCAAUUUGUUAAUUUCUUCCUACAAAAACCCUUCUCGUAUUUAAACCCCCUCAAACCCUUUUCUCUCUCCUCCUCCAUCCCACCUCCACACUUCUUCUUCAUCUAACAUUUUCUCUCUCCUCUCUGUUUUUAGUGCUCAUCAUAAAAUGGCUUUGCCUAAUCAGCAAACUGUUGAUUACCCAAGCUUUAAGCUUGUUCUUGUUGGUGAUGGUGGUACAGGGAAGACUACAUUUGUUAAAAGACAUCUUUCUGGUGAAUUUGAGAAGAAAUAUGAACCUACUAUUGGUGUUGAAGUUCAUCCAUUAGAUUUCUUUACCAACUGUGGGCAAAUCCGAUUUUAUUGCUGGGAUACUGCUGGACAAGAGAAGUUUGGUGGUCUCAGAGAUGGAUACUAUAUCCAUGGUCAAUGUGCCAUUAUCAUGUUUGACGUGACUGCUCGUUUGACAUACAAGAAUGUUCCAACAUGGCAUCGUGACCUCUGCAGGGUGUGUGAGAACAUCCCAAUUGUGUUAUGUGGAAACAAGGUUGAUGUUAAGAACAGGCAAGUGAAGGCUAAGCAAGUCACUUUCCACAGGAAGAAGAAUUUGCAAUACUAUGAGAUAUCAGCUAAGAGCAACUACAACUUCGAGAAGCCUUACCUCUACCUUGCUCGUAAACUUGCAGGUGAUCCCAACUUGCAUUUUGUGGAGUCUCCAGCUUUGGCUCCUCCAGAGGUGCAGAUCGACUUGGCUGAACAGCAGAGGCAUGAACAGGAGCUCGCCGUUGCAGCUGCACAGCCCCUUCCAGAUGAUGAUGAUGAUGCAUUUGAGUAAAUUGAAAGUCUCGGAGGAUUUUUUUUUUCCCGCCCUCGUCGUUGUGAAAUUUUCUCAGUCUUCAAGGACUGUAUCACUAAAGUUGAAUGUGCUUGUUUUAUGGGUUUGGAUAGUUAUUAGUAGUAGGGGAGUUUGGGACCGUUGAUAUGGGGUUUUUAACCUUUUCAUUUGUAGCGAGAGUUAUAUUCUUCUUAGGUCUGAUGCUCUCGAUGAAGAGCAAGACUCUGAGACUCGCUUUGUAUGAAUAUGGGAUGUCUUUGAUCCCGAUUUUAUCAUAUGGAUGUUUCUUCUAA